AUGAAUCCGACCCAACUCGUCGCAAAGGCUCUCGCAAUCAGAGACGAGAGUCUCGUCGACGCACUUCCCCCGAUCAAGCUACCGGAACCUCUCCCUCAGAAUGUGCAGGGGAUACCCGCACAAAUCUUGACCGCAGAAGAGUUGGAAAUCACCGAGUCCGACGCGGUGACUCUGAUAGACAAGAUGGCCUCGAAAACACUGUCUUGCGAGACGGUCGUCAAAGCCUUCCUCGCCCGAGCUGCCCUAGCACAGAAGACGGUAAACUGUAUCACGGAGCUACUAUACACCCAUGCCAUCACGAGAGCUAGGUAUCUAGACUCUCUACCAGAGCCCGCCGGUCCUCUCCACGGCCUCCCUAUUUCCGUCAAGGAACAGUUCGGGUUCGAGGGGAAGAUCAACAACAACGGUUUCGUCGCAUGGUGUGACAGACAGCAGGUUCCUCGUUGCAGCCUCAACGAGAUACUUGAGCGAGAGUGCGGCGCCGUGAUACUUGCCCGCACGACGCAGCCGCAGUCCGUCAUGCACCUCGAGACGAACAGCAACGUGUAUGGAAGGACCCUGAAUCCAUGGAACAGGACCUUGGCCGCGGGAGGAAGCUCCGGUGGAGAAGGAGCGUUAGUGGGGUUCAAGGGGAGCUCAUUGGGGCUUGGGGGCGACAUCGGCGGCUCGAUACGAGUCCCGGCCGCCAACAACGGUGUUUACGGCUUCAAACCGACUUCUAAUCGAGUCGGCAAUACAGGAGGGAUGGGCCUAAUUCUUGGCCAAGAAGAAAUCACCGGCUGCAUCGGGCCCCUUUCCCCGACCCUAUCCGGUAUUGAGCUCUUCAUGAGGGCCUACCUCAACAUGUGUCCAUGGAACCGAGAAAACACUCUCCUCCCGAUCCCGUGGCGCAAGGUCGCGCUCCCGCCGAAGCUCAAGAUCGGCAUCAUGCGCUCCGACGGCGUUGUCAGGCCGCAUCCGCCGGUCCUCCGGGCUAUGGACACGGUGGUUGAUGCACUGAAAGCGGCGCCUGAACAAUUUGAAGUGGUAGACUGGGAGUCGAGGGGCCAUGACGAGUGCUGGAGGCUGACGAGCGCUUUGUACUAUGAGGACGGCGGCCGUCGGCUCAGGGAGGUCAUCGCGGCCGGGGGGGAAGAGACGCUUCCUCUCACGAGUUGGUUGUUAGAGGAGACCAAUAUCAAGCCUCGGACUGUGGAGGAAGUGUGGGAUCUCAAAGCCGCGCGCAACUCAUACAGAGCAAUGUACAACCAGCUCUGGCUGGACACGGGGAAACGGGACGGCCACCCCGUCGACGCGAUCCUGUGCCCUGUCGGGCCGGGGUGUGCUCCGCCGCACGACAGCGCCAAGUACUGGAGCUACACGUCCCAGUGGAAUCUCCUGGACUACCCAGCCGUGUCAUUCCCGGUCACGCAAGUCGAUCAGAGGUUAGACAUAGCAGAAGACGGGUAUACACCCCAGAACCCGGACGAUAAGUUUAAUCAUGAGCUUUACACCGGUCCCGGGAGGUACAGAGAUGCUCCUGUCUCUCUUCAGCUGGUCACCCGCCGAUAUGAGGACGAGAAGUGUCUGGGGAUCUUGCGGAGGAUGGAGAUGGCCAUGGGAAGAAAGGCGGGGAUGACUUGA